AUGGUCUUAUUACAAUUAAUCAGUCUAUCGGUUAAUAUUCUAUGUUUAAUACAGAAAGUUCCACAAAUUUAUCAGAUUUAUAAAACAAAAAAUGUUGAAAGUGUAUCAAUAUCAUCUGUAUUACUUGAAGAAACAGCUUAUACACUGAUAUUAACUUAUAAUCUUUGGCGAAAUUAUCCAUUAUUAACAUUUUUUGAAUAUAUUUUUCUUUUUAUACAAGAUUUGCUUCUCCUAUGGGCAUUAUCAAAAUAUUCAAUGAAAGAGUCAAAAGAAAAAGACAAAUUAAAUGAUCGAUCGACUCCAUUAUAUGGAAUAGCUAUGUAA